AUGUGCUUCGCUUUGCAACGUUGGAAGGAUUCGGAUCGCGCAAGGGAAAUCUACAAGGCAGCCACCCAAGAGAAGCUUGCUCUCAUCCGCUUCUGGCAUCAAAAGACUCGAGAAUCUGCUGAGAUGACCGACCAGGAUCGGAAGGAGUGCACAGAAUGGCUGCAAAGUCUGAAUCUGCUCAAAGAGAAGCUACAGGACGACCUGCAGAGCAUCCUCUCGGGGUUCAAGACCAUUCUGGCUGCGCAAGCAGAGAGCAAAGACGGCAUGGCGCAUGUUGUUCAACGAAUUGAGCCCUGCUUUGAGCAAAUGACGUCCGCCUUGGUCCUCGACUUCGAGACCACGAUGCAGCAGUAUUCGGAAGGCCUUUCAGCCCAGGCUGCAAAUCAGCUGCACCAACUUGUCGAGCGACAUGAAGGCCAUCUGGAGAAAGCUAUGCAGCAGCACUUCAGUAAAGCCAUUGCAUCGAUGGAGCGAGGUCUGGCGAGACCUGCGGAGGCGGUCCAUCAAGCCACCGUCACACUCGGCUCACACAUCGAGGCGCUCGAGCUGGUUCUUCAAAAUCAGCAUGGUCUUGUCACAGACUUGUCUUCAACUUCAGCCGACUUGAUGUCUCGUCAGCAACUACACGAGAAGCACAUCAUCCGCGAGCUCGAAGCGCUUCGAAGGUUGCAGAUCGAGUUCAAAACCAUCGAGAGGGGUCUCAAUGCCAGCCAUGGCAGCCUUGACACUAUCCUGAACUCGCAGCGAUACUCGACCUCUUUCAGGCUGCUUAGUAGCGCCGUCUUUGCGAUCGAGCGCUUGUUCUUUUGGUCGCUGGGCGAAUUCGAACGUAAGUCCGGUGUUGACGUUGGCAACACGGCUUGGAGAUGCCUUCGGUGGCUGCUUCUCACGUGGCCCGCGGCGCUCAAGAUCAAAGCGACGGUGAUGUACGCUGCAAGUAUCCUGCAGCCCGUGACAGCUGCACUCGUGCUGUUGGCCAUGCUCGUCAAGAGCUUGAUUCAGCCUGUCUACGGUCGCAUUCUGCAUCCCUUUCGCAGCCGCAUCGCACCGAGACGCAGAGUCGACUCGACAGAUUCGAGCACGCGUGCCCAGGACUCGGGCGGGGUGGACGCAUCGACUCAACCGACCAAGAUUCACGUCAAGGAAGAACCACAAAUGGACGACUCGUGGUGUCUUCUGCCGACAUCUUCGCGUCGAUAUACAAUCCCUUCUCGCUGCGGCACUCCUCACGAAGUGCGUAUGUCUUUGGCACAGCGCAAUCCGCUACUCUCCCGUCGCUCGCGCAUUCAGAGCUCCUGUGCUUUUUGA